AUGUUAGGUAGGGGACGUGAACGCGCCGUAGGUCUGCCGGUGUGUUCAUGUUUGUACGCCCUCAGCUUUAUCAAAAACAGCUUUUCCCAUGCUUCACAGACAGCACACCCAGCUCACAGGAGGAAUAUGACUCUAACCAGAGGAUCUUUCACCUAUGCCAGUGGAGAAGAGUAUCACGGGGAGUGGAAGGAAGGUCGGAGGCACGGUGUGGGCCAACUCAAGUUCAAGGAUGGGACAUGCUUCAAGGGCCAGUUUGAGAAUGGCCUUUUCCAUGGUACUGGCUCUCUAAUUUUCACAGAUGGAUCUAGAUAUGAGGGUGAAUUUGUUCAUGGAAAGUUCCAAGGCUUGGGUGUUUUCAGUCGGUAUGAUGGAAUGAAGUUUGAAGGAGAAUUCAAGGACGGCAGAGUUGAGGGUUAUGGUUUGUUAACUUUUCCCGACGGGGCUCAUGGUAUUCCCAGGAAUGAGGGUCUGUUUCAAAACCACAGGCUGCAGAAGAGAGAGAAAUGCUCAGCUAUUGUGCAGCGGGCUCAGGCCUCAGCCUCCAGUGCUCGUACUCUGGCCCUUUGA